AUGUGUUUCUCCUUUGAGGCGCGAGGCGGGAGGCCGGCCCGGGGUGGGGCUGGCGGGAGGCGGGAGGCGGGCCGAGGCAUAAAAGGAAGUCGGCAGAGCAUUGGCUGGGUAGUCUGCCGUCUCCUCGACGCUGCUGGGACGCUUCCUUCAUCUCGGUCUCCGCGCCUCAAGCCCCGUGUACUCCUUCCCGAGGUCCGAGCCGCAGCUAGCCCCCUUGCACCUUGGGGCGGGAGCCGAGGCGGGGAGACGGGAGAUGCCGGCCGCCAGGUGCGAACCUCCGGUCAGAGUCUCCCCGCUCUGGACGCCCCACGUCGGUCGGCUCAGCAGAUCACAUCCUCCCCCGGCGUCGUCCGCCUGGGUUCCCUUCGCGGGGCGGGGAAGAGGACUGAGUCCCCGAGGCCCGGUGCCCCCGGAGGGACUUCCCCGCCCGAACUGGGGAAACCGGAUACCAUCCUGGCCUACAAAGGGGAGUAUGGAAAAGAAGAGCUUCUAGAUGCGUCGCCACGAAGCAAGCCCAGUGCAACAAGAUGUCAGGAGGCCUCACGCGCGCUGAGUAGCUGUCUCGUGAAUCUUAAGAGUGGGCGCUGUGAGCCUGGUCUCUGCUCUGGAGGAAUCAGUGGGGCUAUUUCAGGCCAGGCUGUCAGCAAUGGCUCAAGGCUCCCAAAUGAGCACAUCACCAACCUUCUGGUGUUUGCCUUCCUCAAACACUCCUCUAACUGUAACUUCCACGAUGAGCUGAAGGCCUUGGGCCGGGAGCUUCCUGUGCUGGCUUUCAUGGAGGAUGAGGAGCAUGAGGACCUGCAGACAGAUGGCAACCGGAGCAGCCACUUCUACGUCGUGAGAAGUGAGUCAAAUUCUGAAAGUCAAGAGGAAGUUAUCCGGAACAUUGCUUUGCAUCUCGCCCAAAUAGGAGACGAGAUGGAAAAAAGGGUCCAACCAGGUUUGGUGCAAAACCUGGCAAGGCACUUGAUGAACAGGGACCUGUCAGAGGACGACAGGAGAAAUUACCUGGAGACUGCCCUGGGGCAGGUGAUGAAGACCUGUCCCAGGGACAUGGAUUUGGAGAAGACCAAACUGAUGGUGACCAUGCUGUUAGCCAAAAAGGUGGCCGAUCACAUGCCUUCUUUGCUUCGUGAUGUCUUUCGCACAGCUGUGAACUUGAUUAACCAGGACCUGUUCUCCUGUGUGAGGAGCUUAACCAGAAAUGUAAGAACCAGUAAUGGCAGCUCCUAG